CUCUGCCCUCAGUGCUGCUGCUGCUGCUGCUGUGGAGGAGUGACAGUCGCACCGGGACACUGACAAGGUUUUUGUCUUCAAGAUCAAGACAAAAGAAACUGGAGCAUAUUUCAGGCGCAGCUGCCGCUUCUCACUUUCAGCAGUGAAAAUGAGAAACAUCUGAUGCAGGACAAUCAAAACCGUUGACUGGCGUUCCUUCACCUCGUUCUUCUUAAGCGCUCCAUGGCGGCCGACAAAACCAUGUCCAAGGACGACGCCUGCAAAGUUAUGCCGGCCGGCAAACACAAAGAGCGCAAACCCAAAAAGCCGCACUACAUCCCGAGACCGUGGGGGAAACCCUACAACUACAAAUGUUUCCAGUGCCCAUUCACCUGCAUGGAGAAGUCCCACCUGUACAACCACAUGAAAUACAGUCUGUGUAAAAACUCGCUGUCGCUGUUGAUCGAGUCGGACUGGCCUUAUAAGAAGGGAAACCUCCUGCAUGCAGAGCAGCUGCGACCCUUUCAGCAAGGAAGUGCCACGCAUCAGACGAGGAAAGACGAGCAAGGUAGUGAACAGAGACAAAGGGAGCGAAUGAGUGAAGAAGGGGGAAGGGAGGACCAAGAAGAGCAGGGAGCGGAGGACGAGGCCUUGGGAAAACAAGGGGAUCAAGCAGAGAAGACAGGGCUGCCCCGAGUGAGGCCCAGCAACAGUGGCAGCAGAGACGAGGGAGUGGAGGGCAACAAAAAGAAAACUAAACAGCAGGAGUCCGAGCUGCUGAUGGCCGACAUGCUCUCACUGGAGGACCAACUACUGCGAGCCCGCAGCGUGGAGGUGGAGGCCCAGCUAAAACACUAUAAAUUUUCCAAGACGUGUCUUGCCGCACCGGGGCUGCUGUCCGAGCAGUGGCGGCUUCUGGCCUCCAGUCAUACAAAGACCAGAGCGGAAGGCGCUCAGUCCAGAGUUAACACUUCCAUCCCCUGCUACCCUCCUCCUGCCAACCUGGUGGACUACCAGGACCCCACUGGUCUCAACCUGUCACUGCUUGGGGUGGGUUAUCCCAUCAGCCCCAGCAUAUUCUCCUACAUGAAUUCGGCAAUUCCCGGCGCGGCCUCCGGUGUCAGCUCCCAGACCCACGCGCAGCUCGCACAGCUACCCUUCCUGGCAUCUGCUGCACAGCUGAUGCACCCUACCUCUCAUACAGAUAGACCUCUGGUGCCUCCGAGGUUCUACUACCCAUUUCUGUGUGAGCACACGUUUGGCGCGGCCUCCAAUCUGAGCGACACUAAAACCACCAAGACAACGCCAAACAACAUGGACAGCCAUCACUUGUCUGGAUUCCAACCUAAAGUAAAUUUGUGGAAGGUGCCUGCCCUACGGCCCGGUGCUGCACCCGUGUCCCAAGCAGGAUGGGCCUCACCCCACACAGAUCCAGGACAGGACCAAAUCUACAAGGUUGAGGAAAAACUGCCAGCCUUGUCCAAGGACAGCAAAGCUAGCUUGGGGCUCAAAAGAGCAGGGGCCCCAAUGGGAAAGCAGGAUGUGCCUUCAGAGAAGAUCCCAAACCUAGGAUUCACUUUGGACAUUCUUAAGAACAUCCAGGCAGCUUCAAGUAUGAACCCCACACCUGAAACACACAGUCACCAAAACAGUUUACAGGAAGCCCAGCUGAAGACGCUUGGACUUUGGCAGGCCCGUCUGCAGGCGAGCCCUCAAAGUGAAGCCUCCACUUUGUCAAGUAUUGGGGCGCAGAGCCACCAAGACUCAGCUGCAGCCCGGACCUUAGGCACCGGGGCUUCUGAGUCAGUAACCGCUCUUCUCAGUGAUCUCUCCAAAGCUUUGCAAGAGUACCAGGAGGCUGAAAGCAAAAUGUCUCACUUAGAGAAGGAAGAUCUACCUGCACAGCACCACCUUUGGGAACACCUGAGUAAAAUACGCAAUGAGCUUUCCCAUAUCCACCAAGCUUUAGAACAGACAACACGUCAAAGCGACGGCCCUCUCGACCUUUCAUUUAAGAGAGAACUGUCAGACUGUCAGACUGAGGAGAGCAACCUGAGAGACAAUAUGACUGAGACCGAGGAGGAAGAGGAACCUGAGGAGGAAAAAAAUGAGCAGGAAGAUGAAAGGGAGAGAGAAGCAAUGAGGGCAUCACUGGAGACUCGCAAACAGUCGCUGGACAUGCUAAUAAAAAUGAGUCAGGCUUCAGUGGUGAAUGGAGAGGUUCUCUCCCCGGGCAGUCUUGGCGUAAGGCCCAGUCCCUCAGAAGCUCUCUGGCCAAACAGAACCACCAAGUGUGAAGCCGACUCCAGUGUCCUGCUAUGUCCUGACGGCAGAUCUGUGGUCUUUGCAGACAUCCCCAAAGUGCCCAAGAGACCCCCAUCUAUUCACAGAGCGGAAGGUCAGAGUCCCGUCAGCCCACUGACGGCCGCCGAGAGCUGAACUCUUUCUGGAGACGUUACAAACAUGGCCCAACAUGUGGCGUGUCUCACAGGCUGAACCCGGCCUACUGACAUGAACAUGCUGAAACACUUUGCACAUCUUAAAAAAGGGUUGUGAGAGCAGAAGGCAAUAGAGACCUUGAUUGUUGCUGGACUCUGGAAAAUAAUCGGCACCGGCAGAGAGUAACUUCAAAAGAGACAAUCAUUUGAAUGCGUUUGUGUCUAUAAUGUACAAAGCAAAUGUUUUAUAUAGUUGACAUUUGGUGUGAUUUCACUGAGAUGAAUAUGUAUCGUACACAAAAUAUUUCUUGAAAUAA